AUUUGUUCAAGGUUCCAGUUUGAAUAUGUAAACAUUUAUUUAUUUUACUUUUGUCAGAAAACACACUUAAUAAUAAUAAUUAAUACAAAAUAAAUAAUUGCUUGUGGUGGUUAAAAAACCUUUGAUUGCUUAUUAUUUGUAUAAUUCGUUUUAAUUGUGUCAAGAAUAUUUAACCUGAGGCUACCCUAGAAAAAGCUCAAAUGAAAUGAUUGUGGCACAAACUGUAAGAAAUUGAAUAAUUUUCUAUAAAGACCAGGGUAUGCAAGUAAUGGAGGAUCCACAGUUACUUCAGAAGAAACUAUAUUUUCUUUUAGAACAGCUACAAAAUAUGGCCAGCGAAUUACCUCCCAAAUACCAAAUGCGGCUACCCUAUGAGCUCCUUUCAAGUUUAGCCAAUUGUCUUUUGAAUGAGACUGUGUUUGAAAUUGUCAAGGGUUUGCUAGAAAUUCAACAUGUUACCGAGCAGCAUUUAUUUCAGCAAAGAUUGCAGUUUAUUAACCAGAAAAAAAUUGAAGAACAAGAGUUAUUAAAGAAAUACGAAACGAAUUCCGAAAAGAAAAUUGAAUUGCUACAAAAGUUUAUGAUUGAACAAAAGGAACAACUCAAAGGCUUUGAUAUGAAGUUAGUGUUGGAACUCGAUAAAAAGGUAGCUGAUCAGCAAAAUAUCCUGGAACAAGCAGGAGUGCCGGGAUUUUACUAUACGACGAAUCCGUUGGAGAUUAAAGUUCAAAUGCAUCUUUUGGACUUUUUAUUGAGACUGAGCCAAAUGCAGAUGCCGGUUUGAAGAAAAAAUUAACCAGAAGUUUUGUGUCUUUCAAGAAUUAGAAAAAUCAAUUGGUAUUCUUACAAUUGCUAUAGGAGUGACGUGGAGUUAAGUCAAAAAAACUGUAUACCGUAAAACCCCAUAACCGUUGAUUGAAUAUUUGGGAAGAUACGCAACCUUAUGGGCUAAAACGUGACCGCAAAUAUGCGUGAAAAAUAGAUGGCGAUUCUCUCCAGUAUGCGCGAAAAUAAUUUCGUCCGUCGCUUCUCAUUAGUAAUCGGCCGAUCAUCCGAGUCGUGUGGGAGAGUUUUUGCACAGGUUCGUGUUUGCCGUAUUGCAAUUUGGUAGUUGUUAAAAAUUUUUCUUGGAUAUCAUAAUCACAAAUAGAUAGAUAUAUGUAAAUGUGUUUAGUUUGUGAGACGAUGGCUUCUUUAGGCAAAAUUAAUCAGUGUGCGUAUAUUAAUUAAGACUUUGAUUUAUAACAACCUAAUAUGGGAAUCUCAAAAUCUUAUUAGAAAAUCUUUAAAAAAAUCUAAUUAUAAACCUCACAGAAAAUUAUCUAUUUUAUCUACAAAAAUCAAUCCGAACUCUUAAAAAUACUGUCUCUUCAUGUCUAUGAGAGCCAUUUUCUCUUUUUCUUUUUUUUACUUUAAGAAAAUUUUAAAUCAAUAUAUUAUGUUUAUGGUCUUUAGUGUUUUAAGUAUUUUCAAUAAUUGUUUUCAUGAUGAAAUUCAUUCAUGAAAAAGAUAAAAAUAAAGCCUAAAAAGCCUUUAAAGUUAUUGAGAAACUGGUUAUAGUACGAAUGGUAGCUUUCCUAAUUAAAAAAAAUAACAUAUUAAAUGAAUGUCGAGUAAUGUUUUCAUUCCUGGAGAGAUUAUAUUUGAGCUUGAAGAAGGUCACUUUGCUGCAGCGGUAUUCUGCGACUUCUCUAAAGACUUUGACUGUGUCAACCAUGGAAAUUGCUCGGUAAGCUUUCUAGAUAUGGGUUUAGGGGAGUUGCUCUAAAAUGGUUAAAAUUUUGUUUUGUUAGACAGAAAAAAGUUUGUUUGGCCAAAUGGCAGUUUGUCUGAACUUUGUGUAGUAAGCAGGGUUCGUUUCUCGGUCCUAUUUUAUUUCUAUUGUAUAUAAAUGACCUGGGGUCUCUCCAGAUAAGAGGAUUCUUCACUAUUUUUGCAGAUGACACCACUAUCUUAUGGACAAUAAUAAAAGCACAUUAACCUAGAACAAUUUCUAAAGAUUUAUUAAUGAUUAAACAGUGGUUUGAUGCUAAUUUGAUGUCUUUAAACAUAGAUAAGACUAAAUUGUUAAGUUUUUAUGCUCAGAGCAGUUCAUGAUUCACAACAAAGAAUUGGAAGUGAAUAAUUUUAACAGAUUUCUUGGAAUUGUUAUCGAUCAUAAACCUAAGUUUUAUGGAGAUAUGUCAGGAGGCAAAAACUGGCUAGACGAUGUUAUGCUGUUAGAAUGGUUUUAAAUGAACUGAGAUUGAUAUUUUUUUUGUCGAAAGUUGGAACUUACUUUCAUACAAAAAUACCUACAGUAUGGAAUAACAUUUUGGAGUUGCAUUAGUAAACGGCUUUUUGACUCGAUGUUUGUUUUUAAAAAACAAGCCAUUAAAUAUAUGUGUCAUAAAUCUCCACAGGACAUGCAGACCCCUAUUUAAAGAUACUUUCCUUGUGUUGCUUGUUUAUUGUUGAGUCUGCUUGACUAAUAUACAAAAAAUAUAAAUUGUAUCUUCAAAAUAAUGGCUCCUUAAAACAUUAUAAUAUCAGAAAAAAAUACAAUAUUCCAAUGCCCAUCCCGAAAAGUGAACUAAGAAUUCUCUUAUUUACUUGAGCAUAAAAAUUUUUAAUCAUUUUCCAAAUGUCAUAAAAGUCUCCUCGCUUUAAAAAGUCCUUAACGAAACUUCUUAAAAGCAAAUAUUUUUAUAGCAUUAGAAUUUUUUGAAGAUAGUUAGGAAUAGGCCAAUAGUAUAUAAUUAGUUUUUAGUAAAGAUGUAAAGGUUAGAAUUUGUGAUGUUACUCUAAAAAAAUUUUAAGUCGUCUUGCUUUGAAAUUGAAAAUACAUUUUGUGUUUAUACUAGUAUGUUGAACCCACUAUUGUGUAUUGUUUUUAAAUUAUGUGUUAGUAAUAUGUCGAUUAAUGUGCCUAUUUUAUAUCAUAAAAGUACCAUGUCAACAAGUAGGUACCAUGUAUUUAUGAAUAAAGUAUGUUUUGAAUUUUUUGAAAUUCGAAAUUGUAUUUAAAAGAGAGAGAAGUAUAUAAUAUUUAAUAGGGAUGAUUCCAACUACUAGCUAGAAAUUACCUCGUUGAUAAAGUAAUUAAAAGGGUUAUUCAAAACUGCAAGUGGUCAACAUGGCGUCGACAAGAAGAAACAAAGUUGAUUAUGACUCUCUAAAGAAGGAACGUCGUAUUUAAAAGUUAAAGAUGUUAACUUGUAAAUGAGAGAAAGUGUUUACAACAAUGUAUAAAUGAUUUUAUUUUAUAUUUUCAAAUAACGCCAGAAAAAAAUAAAAAAACCAUUUUGCCAAAUUUCACCUUUUUCCUGAAUAUUAGGAAGUAUUUGGCAUUUUUCCAAUUUUUAGAUUGCAUUUAUUCAAUCCUGUAUAAUCGCAGACAUCCUGUAUAAUCGCGAUGAGACCCUUCAUACUGUUAAACAAAAUAUUUGUUUUUUUUCUUAUUAACUUUUUCUAGUUUUAAGAAUUAGUAAUUAAGUGUUUGCCUGUAUUGCAAAUUAAAAUGUGGCCUAUUUUCUAUAUUUUAUAGUGUUGUUACACCCUUAUUGAAAACCUUUUAAAUUUUGGGAUUUUAUUUUUAUAUUAAUUUCAGUUAAAGGUAUCUAUUUUUCAAUAUUUUUGUCCAAAAAAAGUGUACUUCACAGAUGUCACUACCCUACACAGUUUUUGAGAUAUUGGCUGGUUUCACAAACCCGUAUUGUCAAAAAUCACAUUACGGGCUACUUUUUGCAAUAAAUUAUUCACUCUAAAAAACUAUAGUAUCGUAUAUAGAUAUUAAAUCUUUAAUUAUUUAAUUUACUCUUUAUAUUUACGUGAAACCUACCUAUAUCAUCACCUUUAUUUAAUAUUUUUGUUAAUUUUCUAAUUAAUAAAUAAAAGCUUAUUGAAUUUUU